CGUUGGUUGUGGAUCGUGUUAAAUGAGCUGUGGGCUCCGUAGUACGUGUCCAUACGGCCCUCCUAACUGCUGAGGUGAUGUGUGACUGGGAAAUAAAAAGUGCGUCGACGGGUUCGUCCUGGCUACGUACGACACGGCAGGAUCCAAGUACGCCGUACCUGUCUCGUCGAGUCGCCUUCGCUUGAAACCCACCGACGGCGCCAGAGGCUUGAGCGACGACGACAUCGCCGGGGCCGAACUCCGUCGCUUGUCGCCACUCGUUUCGCAACCCAUCAUCAUGUGUUGAAGCUCGUUGUCGUCGUCGUCGUCCCACUCGUCAUGGUUGUUUGGUUGGUUGCCAUCGUCGGCAUUUUCGUUGUCAUCGUCCGAGUGGUCUAACAGUUCGUCGAUCACGUUGUUGCUCGUGGUGCUGAGGUGUUGUUGGUUCGCCAAAAUCAAUUGGCGAUAGAUGGCAUCGUUUUGAUAGGCUGGGGGGACUGGCCACCGUAGCUGCUGCUGUUGGUGCGGCAUGAAGAAGGACGACAUGGCCAAGUGAUGCGGGAGUGUAGAUUGUGCUUGUUGGUGAUGGAACGUGUGGUGGCGACUGGGGGGCUGGUUUCCGGCCAAAUACUGGUACGCUGCUCCGGUCUUGGACGACCUGGAUUGCUUCUGGAGGUACUUUUGCGCAUGAGUGCGAAUUUGCACCAACGUGCGCGACACGACGAGGUUCGAAAUGCUUUUCCAUGACUUGCCGUACCGUCUUAAGCCUUCGAGGAAUAGCUCGUGCUCCUUCUUUGUCCACCGACCGGUGGUGGGAGGCUCCCCAGACAGCGUCUCGUCCAAACCAUUGUCGUCGUCGUUGUCAAUGUCGUCACCUAGGCCAGAGUCGUCGCUGCUGCUUGCGCUGGCUCGACGUUCGGGAUGAUCAUGUGUUGGCGAAUGAGCUAUCGAAGCGCUUGAGGGCGUUGGCGAAGGCAGGGGAGACAAAGGCAAGUCGUAGGCGUGCAAUAGGGGCAAGGCAACGUCCGAUUGAAGGGGCACCGUUUGCUUGGAAGGACUCAGGAAUGCGUCGCGAAUGUCCGCUCCCAACUCCACCUGGAACGCAUCCAACGCCGGACAAAAGUACCACAUGGACUCUGCUUCGCCAUGUCCCCCCUUAGCCUGAUCAUGGGCAUGGGGUAGUGUCGAAGGAACGUCAGACUGAUUUGGGUCAAGAAGCUGGUUACUCCCAACGGUCGUGGACUCAGAACUACGACCACCGGCUGGGGCGGCAAACAUAUGUGUGUGUGCGAUUGAUUGAAA